AAUGUCUUUGGCAGAUAUGCACCUUCUUCGAUGUUCUGAGUCCUUUUAGAGAAAAACCCACAAAGAGGAAGAAAGGUUAGAUUGGAAAGUGGAAACCUUUCUGUUUUUCCAUCUCUCAUCUGGGUUUUGCUCCUCUCUGUUGUUGAGAAUCUGAGUCAUUGGUUGUGGUUGGAGAGGAGAACAGAGGAAGGGUAUUGAGGCAAAAGAAUUGAUAGAAUGGAUGCACCCUUAUCAGCUUGGCCAUGGGAGAACUUGGAAAUCUUCAAGUACCUGUUGUAUGGACCUUUAGCUGCAAAAGUUGUAUAUUCAUGGAUCUAUGAGGAAUCAAUCAGUGAUGGUUGGUGUUUCCAUAUUCUCCUUAUUUGUAUGCUCAGAGGACUUGUUUAUCAGCUAUGGAGCUCCUACAGCAACAUGCUUUUCCUCACUCGCAAUCGCCGGAUUAAUCAGGAAGGGAUAGAUUUCAAGCAGAUAGACAAAGAAUGGGACUGGGAUAAUUUCUUACUUCUUCAAGCUUUAAUUGCUUCCAUGGCGUGCUACAUCUUCCCUCCUUUCUUUCAUAGUAUUCCUGUAUGGAACGCAAAAGGCUUUGUCCUGUUAUUGUUGCUUCAUGUGACAAUUUCAGAGCCUUUAUUCUAUUUGGCUCAUAGAUGUCUCCAUGGAAGCUACCUUUUUACUCAUUACCAUUCUCUACACCAUUCAUCACCAGUUCUCCAUCCCUUCACAGCUGGAAAUGCAACCCUUUUGGAGCAGCUGAUCUUAUCUUUGGUCAUGGGAAUUCCAAUUAUGGGUUCAUCUUUGAUGGGAUAUGGAUCGAUAAGCUUGGUUUAUGGCUAUGUCUUGGCAUUUGAUUUUCUAAGAUGCCUGGGGCAUUGCAAUGUGGAGAUUAUACCCCACCAGAUUUUUGAGAUGUUGCCUUUCCUUAGAUAUCUAAUCUAUACCCCCACAUAUCAUACCCUGCACCACGCAGAGAUGGGGACCAACUUCUGCCUCUUCAUGCCUUUGUUUGAUGCAAUGGGGAAGACACUUAACAGCAAUUCAUGGCAAUUACACAGGAAAGUUAGUUCAGAUUCAGCAAAAAGUGGGAGGACACCUGAUUUUGUGUUUCUAGCACACGUAGUGGAUAUAACAUCGGCAUUGCACGCACAAUUUGUCUUAAGAUCAUUUGCGUCAUUGCCGUUCGUGACAAGGAUCUUUUUGCUGCCUAUGUGGCCUGGAGCUCUUUUUUUUAUGCUGAUGAUGUGGGCCUGGUCUAAGACCUUCCUCUUCUCUUUCUACAACCUCAGGGGGCGGUUGCACCAGACAUGGGUGGUACCAAGGUUUGGAUUUCAGUACUUUUUACCUUUUGCAACAGAAGGCAUUAACAAGAAAAUAGAGGAGGCCAUUCUGAGGGCUGAUAGAAUAGGGGUUAAAGUCAUUAGCCUUGCUGCAUUGAAUAAGAAUGAAGCGCUAAAUGGGGGAGGAACACUCUUUGUUAACAAGCAUCCUGAGCUUAAAGUUCAUGUUGUCCAUGGGAAUACCCUAACUGCUGCAGUUAUUCUUAAUGAUAUCCCUAAGGAUGUCAAAGAGGUGUUUCUAACUGGAGCCACUUCUAAGCUUGGAAGAGCAAUUGCCCUCUAUUUAUGUCAAAGGAGGGUACGAGUACUAAUGUUGACUCUAUCAACAGAGAGAUUCCAAAAUAUUCAAAAGGAAGCCCCUGUUGAUUUCCAACACUACCUGGUGCAAGUGACAAAGUACCAAGCAGCUCAAAACUGUACGACAUGGAUAGUUGGCAAGUGGAUAACACCAAGGCAGCAAAGUUGGGCACCAACUGGAACCCAUUUUCAUCAGUUUGUUGUCCCACCCAUAUUGCCCUUUAGAAGGGACUGUACUUAUGGUGAUCUUGCAGCAAUGAGGUUGCCAAAAGAUGUUGAAGGGCUUGGAACAUGUGAGUACACCAUGGAGAGAGGAGUGGUUCACGCAUGUCAUGCAGGUGGUGUGGUUCAUCUUUUAGAAGGGUGGACUCAUCAUGAAGUUGGGGCUAUUGAUGUGGACAGAAUUGAUGUAGUCUGGGAAGCUGCUCUCAAGCACGGGUUAAAGCCGGUGUCAAGUGAGAACUAAUGAACAAGUUUUAAUAUUUCCAAAGAAAAGUUGUUAAAGAAAGAAAUGUUUUGCGUUAUGUAAUAACAGGCCUCUUUAUAUUUCCGCUUUUGUUCCCCUGUAACUCGACAAAGAAAAUGUGGGUUUGUUGCAACUCACCCGAAAUGUCAUGUAAUUUGUACUCUUUGAAUUUAUUACCACUUUAUGAAGCAAAGUUCAUCUUCGUCAAUAAUGGUCAUAUCUAUAC